CUGUAUAUCUUCAUUUCUGUUUCCCUGCUCUGUCUUCAUUGUUUCUUUGCUUUCGAGUUCUCAUUUGUUCUCUUAAAGAACAUUGUUACUAUGUUUUGGUUUAUUACUUAUUAUUAAUUUCACUCUAAUUGCAGUGCACUUAAUACACACAUCUUCAAUACGUCUUCACAGUCAGGUCUGCCAUGGAUCCUGUGUGAGGCCAUGAAGAAUUGACGACGUUCCUCUGAGUCAGUAUAUAUUUAUUAUCUUGGCACCGGUAUGACACGAUGAUGAAUUUUUAGGUUGUAUUCAAAUGAAAGGCCUGACAUGCCGGGACACUGGAUCUGUAGGAUACGAGCAACAGGCCUCGCUGUUGCCAAGUCGGCGCACAAACAGCACAAUGCCCGGAGGCACAGUUACAUGAAUGUGAGAGAAAAUUACAGUUUGUGUUGUGUUUGCCUAUAUGUGUGCAUGCCUCGACACAGUGCCCCGCAUGUGUGUGUGUGACUGUGACUGUGAGCAGCCUUCGAGACAACUGCGCAUUUGCUUGGCCAACUUUUCUGUAAAACCACCAAAAACUAAUACAUUCCAUUAACUUCAUUGGGAAGGUGUUUGGAUGUAUUUGCUUCCAAUGAGCCUGAUGGGAGACGACACUGGCCACAAGGUGCGCGUCCACCUGGCUGGUGUCAGGUGGUGGUGAGGCUUGGGGGAUGCAAAUGGGGCAGGGACUGUCUGGCAGUGAGGAGGCACGUCCAGCUUCAUAUGUUUGCGCACGCGUAAUGCAUGCAUUCACGUGCACGCGUGCACGCCGACACCCUGGCGCAUACAUAAAAGAGAGCAAACACUUCAGCUCUUUCGGGGGCAGAUGGCAAAAAUGUCAAGCACGCGGGAUGCUGCGCUCCAUCCAGGCGGAGCCGGCUGCGCGGUUUUACGCACGACUGCUGCACCGAGCUCAUCCAGAAAGACCCCGAGGCUUCCUGAAUUCAGCCUGAUCCUCUCAGUGAUGCUGCUCGCCUCGGUCCGGCCAGCAUCCGCUCAUCCCCAGUGUCUGGACUUCGAGCCACCUUUCCAACCUCCCUGGCACCUGGAGUUCUGCAAGCAGUACGAGGAGUUCGGAUGCUGCGAUCAGAAAACGGACAACAUGAUCGCGGAGAGAUUCUGGGACACCGUGGAGCAGCUGGAGGUGGCCGGUCACGAGCUCUGUGCAGACAUGCUGAAGGAAGUCAUGUGUCAGGAGUGCUCUCCUUAUGCCGCCCACCUCUAUGAUGCAGAGGACCCGUACACACCUGUCAGAGAGCUGCCCGGCCUCUGCUUUGACUUCUGUUCUGAAUUUCAUAGCAAAUGUGGCCACGUGGUUAAAUAUUUAACUGAGAACCAGCGGCUGCAGGACACCGCUGAGCGGGACAUGUCCACGUUCUGCACCCUGAUGGACCUGUCUGACCAGGACUACUGCUAUCCCAAUGUUCUGAAGACCCAGGACCUCAACGGGAACCUGGGGCAGGUGGUGGAAGACCGCAAAGGGUGUCUCCAGCUGUGCCUGACUGAGGUGGCCAAUGGUCUGAGGAACCCCGUCUUGAUGUUGCACAGCGGAGAUGAGACACACCGGAUGUUCAUCGCAGAACAGCUGGGCUUUGUGUGGGUCUACCUGCACGACGGCAGCCGGGUGGAGCAGCCUUUCCUCGACAUGAGCGGGGAGGUGGUGACCACCCCCUGGUUUGGGGAUGAGAGGGGUUUCCUGGGCAUGGCCUUCCACCCCAAGUACCGGCUCAAUGGACGCUUCUUCAUCUACUACUCUAUCCAGGUCAACAGCGAGGUGGAGAAAGUCCGGAUCAGUGAGAUGAAGGUGUCUGCUCACGAUAUGAACAUGGCCGAUCCUUAUUCCGAGAGGGUUAUUUUAGAGAUCACUGAGCCAGCUGCAAACCACAACGGAGGCCAGCUGCUGUUUGGUUUGGAUGAAUAUUUGUACAUCUUCACUGGCGAUGGUGGAAAAGCUGGGGAUCCAUUUGGGAAGUAUGGCAACGCACAAAACAAGAGUGCUCUGCUGGGAAAAGUACUGCGAAUUGAUGUGGACGUACGUAACCCCAGUGGGAGGCCGUACACGAUCCCCCCCGAUAACCCAUUCAUCCAUGACCCAGACGCCCGGCCUGAGGUGUACGCCUACGGGGUCAGAAACAUGUGGCGGUGCUCUGUGGACCGCGGCGACCCCGUGAGCCGCUACGGCAGGAGCAGGAUAUUCUGCGGAGACGUCGGGCAAAACCGCUACGAGGAGAUCGACAUUAUUGUGAAAGGAGGGAACUAUGGCUGGAGGGCCAAGGAGGGAUUCGAGUGCUAUGAUUUGAAACUGUGCCACAACUCGUCAUUGAACGACAUCCUGCCCAUAUUUGCUUACAGCCACCAUGUUGGGAAAUCUGUGACGGGGGGGUAUGUGUACAGAGGAUGUGAAUCACCCAAUCUGAACGGCCUCUACAUUUUCGGAGACUUCAUGAAUGGUCGAAUAAUGGCGUUAGAGGAGGACAAGAGGACGGGAGUGUGGAAAGAAAGGAGUGUGUGUAUGGGUGAUACGAAAACAUGCUCUUUUCCCGGACUCAUCAAUCAUCACCACAAGUUCAUCAUCUCGUUCGCUGAAGAUGAAGCAGGGGAGCUUUAUUUUCUGGCCACUACGUACCCCAGCACCACGUCUCCCUCUGGAACCGUUUUCAAAUUCAUGGAUCCCUCCAGACGAGCUCCUCCAGAGAAAUGUAAGCGGAAGCCGCUGCCGGUCAAGGUGAAGGGGAAAAAGCUUCCAUUCGUGCCCAGGGAAUUGACCGUGCUGGAAACAAACGAAAAACCUACGAGACCACCUCCGAAGAAAAUAAAGCUCACCACCAAACCACCAACAACGAGCAGCCCAGUCAAAUCUACAACGUCCGCAACCAAAGCGACGACGUCCGCAAACAAAGUGACGACGUCCGCAACCCAAGUGACGACGUCUGCAAACAAAGUGACGAUGUCUGCAAACAAAGUGACGACAUCUUCAGCCAACGUGACGACAUCUUCAGCCAACGUGACGACGUCUGCAAACAAUGUGACGACGUCCUCAGCCAACGUGACGAGGUCCCCAACCAACGUGACGAGAGCGAGCACUACGGCGCUAAAGUGGAAAUCACCUGAAAAGAAAGCAAAGGAAAAAAGUACGUUGAAACCACGGAGGAAAACCAAAAUCAUGAACAAGCAGGAAGCCACAGCACAAACGAAGAAGAAUGCUCCGCGGCAGAAAUCCAGGGAACAGUCAAAGAAGACCACGGCGACAGAACCCGUCAGUGAGAAAGAUAAAGUUAAACCAAAGGCCAAGCAAACUGCCUCAGACAAUUCAAAAACAAACGGUCUGCAGGCCUCCGAGAGGCUGAAAGAUAACAUCCACAUGAAGAAGAAGAAGAUUCUCCAGAGGAAAGCAGCACUGAAACAAAUCAAACUCGGGAAGAACAACAUGAAGGUGAAAGAUGAACUUCACGCUUUCAUGAACAAAACUAAGACAAACUUGAAUGUGAAAAGCAACAGAACAAUGAGAAACCAACUUCAGGUAAAAAGCAAGAAAGCCAAAGACACUAAAGCACUUUAGAACUUUUUUAUAUGACUGACUCUUUAUUUGUUCUAUAUGUUUAUAUGUGAGAGAAUCAGUGUUGUUUCAUUAUAGAGGAGUAGUUUGAUUUCCAGCCAAGAAUUUGAUGAUUGAUACCAGAAUCCAACCUGUUCAAUAAAUGUAAAGCUACAGCCGGCAGCAAAACACCUGAUGCACUUCGCACCACAGCUCAUCAAUGAUCAUGUUUUAGCUUGUUUGGUUGAUCCUGACAAAAACUGAUGCGUAAAAACGACACUAAAUCUUUGUGAGUCUAUAGAAAUCCACUAUAAAAUCACAUCUUGAUGUUUUAACACUUUGGUUCCCAGAGAAAUAAAAAUACACAAUAUGAUGUUUGAUGGUUCCGCGGCUGCGUGGUUUCACUUCCAGUUUUUAAAGCGAGGCUAAGCUAAGCUAACCGCCUGCUGGUUGUGGCAAGUGUAAGUGCAUUUCCCAGAAAGUGGAACUACUCCUUUAACUGUUUCAUCCAAUUAUGCAUGUAAUGACACAGUUUCCUUUAUGGCUUAUUUCUGACUGUCGUAAAAUGAUUGACCUAAGUUAACCGUCUGUAUUUAGAACGUAACAAAUAGGUUGGAAAUAGAAAUAAGAAGCAGACACACACACAGAAAAUAAUUUUACAACACAUGCAAGUGUUAAAAAUAAACAUUAGAAAGUGUCCUGUUUCAGAAACGCUCUGUAAUUAACUCAGAACCACUGAUCAUA